AUUUCUAACCUUUCUAAUAAACGUCAAUAAAUGGUGAAUAUGUUAGGUUGUUAUAUUUUUAUAAGCGUAAAAAUUAUAUCGUAUUUUUUUAAAUAGUCAUAUAUCGUAAUCAUUUACUGAUCGUUUUCUAUGAAACGAAAUUUUGAGAUGGCUGAUAAUACUAAAUUAUCACAAAACGAAAUUACUUUAGUAGAACGAGACGUAAAUCCAUAUGGGAUAGCCUUGGUUAACCCAAAUUUAGUAGCCAAAAGAGGCCCCAGUGACUUAGUUCAAUUAGCAGAAGAGAUUCAGAAGGCAGAUACAAUGAUCCAUGCUACAGCUUACAAUAAACUUCAAGUCAUUGCUGAACAGAUUAAGUUUUUACAAAAGCAAGCACAAAAAAUUCUUCUGGAUGCUAAAACAAAUAAAGAUCUUCACCAUGCAGCUUGUAACUUUGUUAAAAUCCCUGGCAACAUUUAUCACCUAUAUGAAAGGUUGUCAGGUCAACAAUAUUUCAGCCUUGUUGCACCAGAAGAAUGGAGUAAUUGUCCUCACAAGCACCUAGGAAGCUUUAGAUUAGAACAAGAUCAUUCAUGGACACCUGUUAACCAUUUAGAAACCAAAAACAAAGAGAUAGAGGUCAUUGGAAGGAUAUUAGCGUCAUCUGAUGUUGAUUACAUAUCAAAUGCAAUUGAACAGGGCCCCUUGAUAACUUCGUAAACUAGUCUUUUUUUUUGUAAAU